ACUGCUGUAGAUUUACCCUCACCAUCAGUGUCUCUGUUGUCAUGGCUGGACUCACAUCUGUUUUAUUCACAUCAUUAUGGAUAGUUUCUCUGGCUGGAGAAGACACAAGGAAUGUGACAGCAAAGCCCGGAGAAGACGUCCCUCUUCUCUGUCAGACUCCCAGAGAUGCUGACAUCAAAGUGAUAGUGUGGAGCAGAUCUGACCUUGGGUCAGAUUAUGUCUUCUUCUACAGAGAUGAAAGCCCACAUGAAAACUUCCAGCAUCCAUCAUAUCGUGGUCGAGUGGAGCUGAGUGAUCCGGAGAUGAAGGAUGGAGAUGUUUCUGUUGUUCUGAAGAACGUCAGCGUCAAAGACACCGGAACAUAUGAGUGUCGAGUUAUAAUCACUGAGGGAGAAGAACCUAAACUCUACAGCACCAUCAAGCUGACUGUCUCAGUCUCAGGUAACACAGCUGGAGACACUGGGGGAGGAAGAGACACGGAUGGAGUAGGCGAGGAUGGAAGAGACAGGAAAAGCAGUCUUGCAGUUGGUUUGUGUGUCAAUUGGUGGGCUUGUUUUUAUUGUUUGUCUUGGUUGUUUUAUCUUUAAAAAACGUAAAAGUAAGUGGUAGCGCUUUUAAAGGUGGGGGAAUUCAUUGUCCAAGCAAGAAUGAGAGAUACCCUGCUGUAAUGAGUCACAACCAGAUGCUGUUGAAUGUGGUUUGCAUCUGCUUGAAGCAUAUUUUAGCAUUGCACCUCCCCCACCAUCUCAGUCUGAGUCAGGAUGUCUGACUAGUGCUUGCUUCGUUGGCAUUA